GGAACACCAGCAACAUUCGACGAGCAGAAAAGCUGCACGAGCAUAGACUUUGGGCGCUCAGGGCGGCAUUCUGGGAUCUGCGCUGCCCCGGAGGCGCCUCCGGCGCCGCCCCUGGCGCGCUCCGCGCGCCAGGGAGGACGGUCCAGCGCAGAUCCAAGAAAUCCGCGCGGAGCGCCAAAAUUAUAUGCUUAUGAAGUUCUUUCUUCAUCCAAGCAUGACACUGCAUACCGACGAGGAAAAAAACUUGGCAGCCCAUGCAACUAUGGACGCCUGGGCCCACUUCGCGCAGGCCGACAUCGUGGUCAUGUCUCGGAGCAGCUACAGCCAUGUCCCAGCGAUGCUGAACACGAAUUGCGUCAUCUACCAGGAGUACUGGAACGCGCCGAUGGAGGGGUGGAUCUGGGCAGAGGAUUCGGAGCAGGGCUCCAGAAACCUCUUCGACACGGGCGCGUUCAACACGUGCCUCCGGCGCAUCGCGCGGCCGAGCUGGGGCCUCCUGGGCGCCGCGCGCUAG